CUCUUUUCAGCCACGACGAAGACAAUGAUAAAUGGUCCUUCUUUCAAAAUUCUCAACCAUUGUUGGAUGGAACUCUGCUAUAAGAGAAUCUGUGAACCAAAGCCAUCCCCACAAAGCCCUCCUUCUCUUUUUCCAAAUGAAACAAAAUGGUUUGGAACCUAACAAUUUCACCUUUCCCUUCUUGGCUAAAGCAUGUGCCAAGCUCUCCAACCUCAAAUUCUCCCAAAUUAUUCACACCAAUGUUUUAAAAUCACCAUUUCGGUCAGAUAUCUUUGUGCAAACAGCAACGCUGGAUAUGUAUGUCAAGUGUGAUCAGUUGGCUGAUGCCUACAUUCUGUUUGAGAGAAUUCCCAUGAGAGACGUGGCUUGCUGGAAUGUGAUGCUUAUGGGUUUUGCGCAAUUGGGAUUUCUUGAUAAAGUGUUACGUUUGUUCCAUGAGAUGAGGUUUGCACGAAUUCUGCCUGAUACCAUCACGGUUAUGGGGUUGACUCAGGCAAGUUUAGAGACAAAGAAUUUGGCACUGGUGAAAGCCAUUCAUGCAUUCGGAAUUCAGAUUGGGAUAGAUGGAGAUGUUUCAAUGGCUAACACUUGGAUAUCUGCCUAUUCCAAAUGCGAUGACUUAAGUUCUGCCAUGGCUGUCUUUAAUGGGAUUGAAAUUGGCGCGAGGACUGUUGUCUCAUGGAAUUCAAUGAUUGCAGGAUAUGCAAACUUAGACAAAUUUAUUGAUGCUCUAAAUUUUUACAAAUGGAUGCUCUGUGAUGGAUAUAGGCCUGAUAUAAGCACAAUUGUGAGCCUCCUUUCUUCAUGCAUUCAACCUGAUAAAUUGCUACAGGGUGUGCUGACUCAUUGUCAUGGAAUUCAAAUGGGCUGUGAUUCUGACAUUUUUGUUGUCAAUGCCCUUAUAUCAAUGUAUUCCAGGUGUGGUGAUAUACUUUCUUCUAGAUUUUUAUUUGAUGGCAUGUCAAAUAGAACUUGUGUUUCAUGGACUGCUAUGAUCAGCAGGUAUGCUGAUAAAGGAGAUUUGAAUGAGGCACUAAGAUUGUUUCAUGCUAUGGAAGCAGUUGGUGAGAAACCUGAUUUGGUUACUGUGCUUUCUCUGGUUUCAGGUUGCGGCCAAACAGGAGCACUUGAACUUGGAAAAUGGAUUCAUAACUAUGCCUUUUCUAACGGUUUAAGAGACAGCAUCGUAGUCUGCAAUGCAUUAAUUGACAUGUAUGCAAAAUGUGGAAAUAUUAACAGUGCUCGAGAGCUCUUCUAUGCCUUGCCAGUGAGAACUGUUGUUUCCUGGACAACUAUGAUCGCAGGCUUUGCUUUGAAUGGCAACUACGAAGAAGCUCUGGACCUUUUCUGCUUGAUGGUGGAUUUGGACUUAAAACCGAACCACUUAACUUUUCUUGCCAUUCUUCAAGCUUGCACUCAUGCAGGUCUUCUUGGGAAAGGAAUGGAGUUCUUUGACAUGAUGAAAAAAGUUUACAAGAUAAAUCCUGGGGUGGACCACUAUUCCUGUAUGGCGGAUCUUCUUGGGCGUAAAGGAAGGUUGGAAGAAGCAACGGAGCUUGUGAAAAGUAUGCCGAUGAAACCUGAUGCUCGCAUAUGGGGUGCAUUACUUAGUGCUUGCAAGAUUCACCGUAACGUAGAGAUCGGGGAAUAUGCAUGUCGCCGUCUGUUUGAGUUGGAGCCCCAGGGUGCAGCUCCAUUUGUGGAGAUGGCCAACAUAUAUGCAUCAGAGAGAAGGUGGGAUGAAGUUGCUGCAUUAAGGACAGCUAUGAAAUUUAAGAAAGUGAAAAAAUUUCCAGGACAAAGCCUUCUUCAUGUUAAUGGGAAACGUCAUGUAUUUACAGUCGAAGAUAGGGGUCAUCCUGAAGGCUUGCUUAUAUAUGCAAUGUUAGAUAGUUUGGCAUUGCAGUUGAAAGAAGAACAAUACUCGCCACAUUCAGACAAUUUUGUGAAAUGAUUAAUUUAAAUAAUUUAUA